UGUGUGUGUGUGUGUGUGAGAGAGAGAGAGAUACAGUCUUUACAGGUGUGUAGUUGAGAUCAAAGAUGGCAGCACUGCAUAUUUAGUGGACAUUACUGCAGUGGUUCCCAACCUGUGGUCAGUUGCAAAACAGUAUGCUGAAAUGUAAUGUGUGUACACACACACACACACACACACACACACACACACGGUUUAAGUGGCCACAACAAAAGGGAGACAAACAAUGGUUAAGAUUAUUAAAGAAUAUUUUUUAUUAAACUGGAAAUCAGUCACAUCAGUAGUGUGUGGUGCAUGAGUGAAGUAUGUGAGUGCACGUGUUGUAAAGUGCAGAGCUUAACAUGCUGUAAGUCUUAAACUAAGACAUAACCAAACCCAAAACAAGAUGUGCCUGUGGAGCGGAGAGAGAUUACUAGGCAGCCAGGACCUGUAUACUGUGGAACACAGGUGUUCCAGAUGAACCAAUCAAGCUGCAGACAAAUAGGUCAGCAAAAGGAUCCCACACCCCAAAGAAGACCCCAGGGGUCGUCACAAUACACACAUACAUUUAUACAUAUAACACUGCUCCUUAGCAACACUCCUUAGUAACUCGUUAGCUGUAUGAAAGGACACGGUGUGAUUUCUGCCCUUGAUUGAAAUAUUCUCUUGAUUCUAUUGAUGUUGAUCAAUGCGUCAUCCUGGCCUUUUUUAGUUUACAGCUCUAGAAGUUUCCAUCUGCAGACCGGCUCGGCACAUCUGAUCUCUGCUGAACAAACUCAUUAUAAUGAGAGAACAACAAGAUAACAGGAUAAUUAUCUCGUUAUCUCAGGAUAAGAAAAAAAUCCUUUUCUCUUGAUGAUAUUUUGUUAUCUGGGGAGUUUGGCCUCUCUCAGCUCCUGUAGUGAAAAGACAAUGAUAGGAACUGUUCGCACACAUGUUUUUGCGUGCUCUGAGAACAGAUUUGUGAUCACUGUGGCUUCUCCCAGGCGCUGCCUCAGUCCAUGCAGGAUUAUAUACACCUCAUUACACGUCAAGUUUCAGCAUCUCUUUCCAAUUUAGAAUCUUGUCCUCUCCUGUCAGGCUAGAGAUGAGGAAUUAUGAACAGGGGGACAAAGUUUUCCAAACUGUGCCCCUAGCAAUUUUACUAAUUGUAAGCAUUAGUAAGACCAGCAGGUUGCAGGAUAUUAGCUUCCUAAGGGGCAGUGUAGCAGUGUUUUUGAGUCUAGUCAAGUGAACACGCUGAAGCCAGCUGAAGUUUUAGUUCCUUCCUCCUCUCCUUUGUUUAAACCUGCUGCUUCUUCACAUUGUUGCCUUUCUGCUCCUUUUUGUUUUCUCAUUCUCUCUUUGCUCUGGCUUCUCUUUUCUCAGCCCCUGAUUGGUGGGGAGUUUGACUAAAUGUUCGUUGCUCAUUCAAGGACUCUGUUGAGGUUCAUGGGCGCUCUGACAUAGAUGACAGCAAGCAAGUCACCUUCCAACGGCGACUCAGUGUAGCCUUCAAUCUGCCCUGGAGACAUGUAUACUGUAGAUCUUUAUAUAUAUUGUUGUAUUAUUGUUGAUGUAUUGUUGUCUUGGAAACGCAACAAUAGCUCUUGUCAAGCGACGGUCACCACCACCUGCUCCAGCCACAUUCAGCGGCAGAGAAAACUAGUAAUAGUCUAUUUAAACAUGUGAAAAUGUCACCUCGGAUUCUAGGGAAUUGAGGAGAAGAAGAAGAAGAAGACGAAAGAAGAAUAAGAAGAAAAUCCAUUCAUUGAAAAAAUAUUAACCACCACUUUGAUCCAGACUGAAAUGUCCCCUCAGGAUGAUCCUUUACCUUCUCCUCUGGCGCCAUCGUCAGAAUGCCGUCUCUGUCGGAGCAGCUGCAGGAGGUGCGGAGUCGGGCUGAAGUGUGUCUGUACUCUGGGGGCCGGGUGGUGGAGGUGCGGGCCGGGGUCAUGUCUAUGGCCAAUCUGCCUUUACCGCCCUGCUCCAAAUACCGGCACAUCGCUGCAGAGACCAUGGUCAUAGAGAACAGCGUCGGCAGCAACAGGAAGGAGACUCUUGCGUCUCUCCAGCGUUUGUCUACAGCUCUGAACAUCCUGGAGAAGUACGGCUGUAACCUGACCAACCCCAACAGGCCAAAGUACUGGAGGACUGUGAAACACAACAACCCGGUGUUCAGGGCCACUGUCGAUGCUAUUCAGGGGGGGCGGGCAGUGCUCUGUCUCUAUGGUUACUCCAAUCAGCAGCCAGAUGGGCUCAGCUUCCCUGACGAUGUCACAGAUCCUGAUGUGGGCCGAGUUGCUGCAGUAACACUGGAAGUGAUGAGUCUGAGGAUGGAACUGGAAAUGCUUAUCAAGGAGGUGCACCCCCACCCUGAGUUCUAUGAGAGAGUCAUUCCUACACUGAGACACAAGGACGUGGGUCUCAAUACUGACGCUGUGGUCUACCACUCAGAGGGCCAGAGCAAGUCUCUAGCCUUCCCCCUCCACCAUCACUCCUCCAGGGGGAGCAGCCAUGGCCACUCCCUGUCGUCCAACCACCAGAGCCUCAGGUCCAUCCAGGUUUUUUCCACCUCCUCAAACAAACACCCAGAGAACUGCACCAUCUGUGGAAUAUUCAGAAUCUCCGCCCACUGCCUCACCUGCCUCCAGGGCCUCUGCUCAGAGUGUGACAGACUGUACCACUCCUACCCUGAGAGGACCAACCACCGUCGAACAACCGUCAACUCAUCAUCAUCAUCGUCGUCGUCGUCAUCAUCAUCGUCCAAAAACAGGAGCAGUCACAGCUCUUCCACCUGGAGUUGCCUUCACUGCACCAAAGUCAACUCUGCCCAGGAUGUGCUGUGUGAGGAGUGUGAGCGCCCCCACCUGGAGUCCAUCAGCUGUAAAGCAGAUGACUCUCAGCCUGCCACCAUCACAGAGUGGCAGUGUAAGAGCUGUACCAUGGUGAACGCAGCCAGCAGUGUUCUGUGUGAGGUGUGUGAAAGACCUCGUUUAGCCACACGACCUCCAGUGACCCCAUCACACCCACCCAUCACCCCCCCCAGACCACCAGCUCCAGUACUGGGCAUGCCCGGUGACCCUGACAGCCAGUGGGUGUGUCAGUUCUGCACCUAUCUGAACUACUCUCCUGCGACAGUGUGUGAGAUGUGCGACCUGGCUCGUCCCGAGCCAGCACCGCUGCCCGCGAAGCUCCGCCCUCCCUCUCCCGUCAGACGGGUCCCCGCCCUGCCGAUCAAACCCAAAGAGCCCGCCCCCGAAGACCUGGACUCCUGGAGGCAGAAGCUGAUGAAGGAGGAGGGGCUGAAGCUGAUACAACUGAUUAGAGACGGGGAGAAGAAAGGCGUGAGUCCAGAGGAGGUGUACACGAGCAUGAGGGUGGCUGGGGACAGCAGCAUCCUGCCCUGCAAGUGGUUAAAGACGGAGCUUCCUCUGCUGUUAGACCAGGUCAGGAUGCUGGUGGCGACAUCCUCCCCGACCACAGCAGAGCACAAAAACAGGUCAUGUGAAGCUCCCGCUGAGGAUGCUGGGAAAGAGGCGUGCCCUCCAGAGACAGAGAGCGUGGUCCAGCUGUCCAGAGCAGAGGCCAAGCAAGCCUGGCUGACAGCAGGGGGCGACACUGAGAGAGCUGCCAAACAGGCCCUGAGAGACCGACUCGCCAAGGUGAAGGAGCUGUGUGCGCUGGGCUUCAGUGAUGAGGCUCGCUGCCAUGAGGUGUUGAGACAGAGCGGUGGUGAGGUGAGAGGGGCCCUGGCCCUGCUGCAGCGACCCCUACUGGAGCCCUUCCACAACCGCAUAUGGAGUGACAAGCCCGAGCCUCCUGUAGACAUCCAUCACCCUGACAAACAGCGGAUAUGUCGGAGGCUACUGGCGGUGUACGAUCUUCCCAGCUGGGGUCGCUGUGAGCUGGCGCUGUCGCUGCUUCUGGAGCACAGCGCCCCCUACUCCCUGGAGGAUGUAGUGCAGGCUGUACGAGAGUCCCACGACAGGGAGUUUAUCAAGAGAGUGCUGGCUAAAGAGUGUCCCAUCUGCCUCUCUAUCUUCCCCCACAGCAAGAUGCAGUCCCUGACAUCAUGCCAGUGUUCGGUCUGCUGUGGUUGUUUCCAGCAGCACUUCACCAUCGCUGUAAGGGACAAACACAUCAGGGACAUGGUGUGUCCAGUCUGCUGGGAGCCCAACAUCAACGACCCUGAACAUCUCAACAGCUACUUCUCCACCCUGGACAUCCAGCUGCGAGAGUGUCUGGAGCCAGAGGUCUAUGAGCUGUUCCAUAAGAAGCUGACAGAGCAGGCUCUCAUCAAGGACCCCAAGUUCCUUUGGUGCUGUCACUGUUCCUAUGGGUUUAUCUAUGAUGGAGACCAGCUGAAGGUUACCUGUUUUCAGUGUCGCAACAGUUUCUGUGCUCAGUGUAAAAAGCCUUGGGAGUCCCAGCAUGCAGGUCUGUCCUGUGAACAGUACCAGUCAUGGAAGAGAGAGAAUGAUCCAGAGUAUCAGAAGCAGGGUCUGGCUGGAUACCUCAGAGACAACGGCAUCACCUGUCCUAACUGCCGCUUCCAGUACGCGCUGUCUAAAGGAGGCUGCAUGCAUUUCUGCUGCUCACAGUGUCGUUACCAGUUCUGCAGUGGCUGCAACAACCCUUUCCACACUACCUGUGCCGUGGAUGAGUGCAGUGUGUCUGGACUACAUGCCCAUCAUCCCAGAGACUGCCUCUUCUAUCUGAGAGACUGGGAACCUUCCAGACUGCAGGCUUUACUCCAGAAUAAUGAAGUGGCCUUCAACACUGAACCUCCUCCUGGAACACAGACAGGUCUGUGUGGAGUGAUAGAGCAGAAGGAUGAGGGAGGGCAACAGCCGGACUCAGCCUGUGGAGCUCAGACCCAACAUGGACACGCUGGACUCUGCGAGAAGCAUUACCGGGAGUACCUGGUCAGCCUGAUCAACAGCCACUCAAUCGACCCUGCCCCCCUCUACAGCUCCAACGAGCUGCUGUUGGCCUGCAGGAGGUACAAGGUGGACGACGACCGCAGGGACGGAGAGGACGGCUUCACCUACUACAGCAGACUGCUCGAGAAACUGAUGGACGAGGUCCCCCUCGGUGACAAAGUGCCACGCAAGAAAUAACGAACACCUCAAUUCCUCUUUUUUGUUUCCUGCAGCUGUGAUCCUGUCGACCUUUCAAAUUAAAACUCAGACCCAAGAGACACAGUUUUCUUUAUGUUUUAGUUCUGUAAAUGUUUGCUUAUGUUCCAACAACAGCCUUUUACUCUGGACAGUGUUCGGGUGUGUCAUGAUCUAAGUGCUGCUUUAAAUUAGCAUUAGAGCAGAACAUGAUGACAUCAAAUACUGUUGGUUUCAGCUGAGAGGUUUAAUCAUCUACAUGCAAACACAUCUCCACACCAUCAUUUCUUAACUACAUUUCAGAGAGUGGAAAUUUUAAGCUGAACUCAAACUAGAGUGCACAGGUGACUGUGUAAGAAACACUCCCUCUAUCCCUGAUGUCAUCAUCAUGAAAACGAGAUUCUACUGACAAUUACAUUGUAAACUUCACUGUUGUCCCUGGCAGGAUCUUGUAGACUAAUGGACAGUGAUCUGAUUGGUCUGGUUGUUGGCAUCUGAUCCUUUUAACUGAACCUAAUCUCUAGCAGAUUAACCAUGCAGCAUAGGUUACCAUGGUGAUCUACCCCAGUUAAAAGUGAACAGGCUUCUUGAUACAGGAAAACAGAUCUAAUUCCAUGAUACUGGCCCCAGGUGUUGAAUCACAUCGUCAUCUGUGUUUACUGCACAUUUGUUGUGUUUUAUUUAUUGUGUGUAAAAUAAAAUGAUAUAAAUAUAA